AUGGGGAAAAAGCUGGACGGAUACUCGCCCACCAACUUCGACAAAGGACUGCCAACCAAACUAUUUCGACAAUCAAAGACAAGCAAGGUGCUUUACAGCUUGGUGAACAUGACGUCCAGUGUACUGUGUAAUGACAGUGGACUGAAGCCAGGUUCACUGAAGGGUGCAGCAGUGGUUGUGAUUGACGGAUCCUGUAAUCUGAGUCAGAAAGCUCAAGUGGCUCAAGAAUUCGGAGCUAAAGCAAUUAUUAUCACCAAUGUUGAUGCCAUGAGGUCGUCCUCGAUCAGUAAGAGUGAACAUUCCAACCUGACCAUUCCUCUGGCCCUCAUGAGGUCCCAGGACUACAUCGAUGUACUAAAGGUGUUUUCAGGCAAUGAUACUAAGGUGCAGAUGUAUGCCCCGCCCAUUCCUGAGUUUGACUUCAGCAUCCUUAUCAUGCUGGUACUCGCCGUCUUCACCGUGGCCAUGGGGGGGUUCUGGAGCGGUGCUGCCGAGAGGGAGAAGCUGAAUGCGAGAGCGCUCUCUGCUGGUGAAGAUGAUAGUGGAGGAGAACUCUCUCUGUACUCUCCUCUGAAGAUUCUUCUGUUUGUGGUGCUGAUGUGUGGGAUGCUGCUGCUCAUGUACUUCUUCUACAGAUACCUGGUGUACGUGAUCAUUGUGAUCUUCUGCCUGGCGUCAGCGACAGGACUCUACAGCUGCUUGAAAGCUCUGCUAAAUGCUGUGGGCUGCAGUAAACUCAGUGUACAGUGUGGAGAAAGGAGCUGCUCUGUGAGGAAUCUGAUGGUAGCCGCGGUGUCCAUCACUCUGGCUGUAGUGUGGGGUGUUUACCGUAACGAGGACAGGUGGAUCUGGAUCCUGCAGGACUUACUCGGUGUUGCUUUCUGUUUGAACUUCAUGAAGACCAUCACACUGUCCAACUACAAGAUCUGUGUGAUCCUGCUCAGUCUCCUGCUUCUGUAUGACGUCUUCUUCGUCUUCAUCACCCCCUUCUUCACACCUAAUGGAGAGAGCAUCAUGGUGCAGGUUGCUAUGGGUCCGGAUGCUGCAGGAGAAAAGGGCAGUGGUGAUGUGGUGGUUCCAGGAGAUCCAUCAUCCUCCUAUGAGAAAAUACCCGUGGUGAUGCGCAUCCCCAGGUUUGCAGCGUGGGCUCAGAACCUGUGUAUGAUGCAGUUCUCCAUCCUGGGAUUUGGUGACAUCAUCAUUCCAGGCCUGUUGGUGGCGUACUGCCACAGGUUUGAUGUUUGGACGGGCAGCUCUAAGAUCUACUACAUCUCCUGUACUGUCGCCUACUGUUUGGGAAUGAUCCUGACCUUUGUGGUGAUGUUCCUGAGUAAGAUGGGACAGCCGGCUCUGCUCUACCUGGUCCCCUUCACCCUGAUCACCAGCGGCGUGCUCGCCUGGAGACGCCAAGAGUUCAAACAGUUCUGGGCUGGAACCGCCUACCAGGUGUUGGACUCGACCAGGGAGCCAUUAUUACCAGGUGGAGACGCUGAACAUCCUGUCACCGUGAGGAAGUGCUGAGUGUGUGAGUGUGUGUGUGUGUGUGUGUGUGUGUGUGUACAGUGUGAUUACUGUGAUUAAUUCAUGACAUUUAUCUUUAAUUGCCUUAAUUAAUGGUUAAUGAGGCUCCGCCCACUCCUGCAAUAACACACCUGAACCCUGAGUCCAGCAGCACCAACACUCAUCAGACUGUGUGUGUGUGUGUGUGUGUGUGUGUGUGUGUGUGUGUGUGUGUGUGUGUGUGUGUGUGUGUGUGUGUGUGAGGGAGUUUCUCCUCGUCAGUGACAUCACUGGUCCACUUGAUUUCUGCUUCAUCAGAGCAGUGGGAGGUGAACAUGCGGUAGUGAUGUUGGCGGAAAGCUUCUGUAACCUUUUCUAAUCUCUACAUUAAAAACUAUAUACUAAAACGUCAGAUCUAAGCAGGACAUCAUUAGCAGUGCAUUAUGGGAGCUGUAGUUUUCUGCUGGUUGUUUUUUAUUGAUUCUCUAAAUUCUUUUGACUGUAUAAUAACAGGUUUUGAUUUGCUGGUGGAUUCGAGCAUUUUGAUUCGAUGCUUUAAACUUUAUUUAUAAAUCUUUAUCUGAAAGCAAAUCUCUAGAAUCAGACAGACAUGCUCACCGUCCUGCUCUACAGUCUGAACAUCAUGAGUUCCAUCCCUUUUGAUGGCAUAUUCUGUUGUUGUCGGGGGUCCUAGAGAGUUUAAUAGUGCUGCUGUGUGAGUGGAACCAGUUUCAGGUAUCUGACAUGUCAGAGGAACUAGAGCUGCUAGCUUCACGCGUUACCAGUUAACUCUGCUAAUCAGGUGUGUUAAUGAGGGGCAGAAACGGCGGCUUGUUUUUUAUUAAACCAGCAUUUUUGGGGGUUUUGUACUUAAUUCUUCUUUUGAUUUUCUGACUAUAAUUACAAACUGAACAAAUUGAAUCUUUAUAAGAAUGAUCAGUGUGUUUGAUUCUGAUAAUAAACUGACAUUUUC